AUGACAAAAAUGAUUUGGGACAACAAAUUCAAUGAUGAUGAAAAUAAUAUUAACAAUGAGUUUGACAUUGAGUCAUCAAAAGAUGAUGUUGAUGCAAGAACCGGCAUGAAGAAAGGACCAUGGACCCCACAAGAGGACAUGAUUUUGAUGGAGUACGUGAACAAGCAUGGUGAAGGGAAUUGGAAUUCUGUUCAGAAGAAUUCAGGAUUGUUAAGAUGUGGAAAAAGCUGCAGACUUAGAUGGGCCAAUCAUCUAAGGCCAAAUCUAAAGAAAGGUUCAUUUUCUGAAGAGGAAGAAAGAAUCAUCAUUCAACUUCAUGCUAAGCUUGGAAACAAAUGGGCUAGAAUGGCUGCUCAGUUGCCGGGAAGAACAGAUAAUGAAAUCAAAAAUUUUUGGAACACGAGGAUGAAAAGGCGUCAAAGAGCGGGUUUACCUCUUUACCCUCCUGAAAUCCAUGCAGAAGCAAUUGCGUACAACAAUCACAUAAUGCUUCAACAUGAGCCUUUCUCUUCUUCAUCAUCCUUUCCUUUACUCUUAUCUUCAUGUUACCCUAAGAAGUUUGAAGAUCCAAAAACUUAUGAUUAUAAUCCUCUACAAAACAACUCUGGUUCUACUUACACCAAUCCAUGUCCACAGUUCAGCUUUUCCAAUGAUGAAACCCUAGAGAUUAAGGAAAAUCUUGCUUUGAAAAAUUCACCUUCACUUUCUCCUUAUCCAUCUCCAUCCUCAAAUGUUUUCAACCAAGGUUUUACUCCUCCAAGUGAUCAUUCACAUGAUCAUCAAUAUUCUGAAAAGUUGAGCUAUGAUCAUCAUGGAUUCAAUGCUGGAUCUCGGUAUGAUUCUGCAACUCCUGCUUCAUCUUAUGCUAGUGGUGUUAAUGAUUACUAUGAAGUUGCACCGCUAUCGUCUGAAGGAAAAAAUAGUGGACUUUUGGAAGAUGUUGUGAUGGAAGGUAGAAGUAUUUCAGGCAAUGAUAAGGGUAAGAGUGUGGACUCAUACAAGAGGAAACGUAUGGAGGCUGAAGAAUAUGAAGAUGAAGGAGGCGUUGCUUCUUUGGUGUCAGAUUCCAUAAAGAAGAAGAAGAAGAUUAUUGAUGAGACUCAUAAGAAAGAUUUUAGCUCUUCUGAAUUGUCAACAGGGAAGAAACCAUUUGUGGAGGAUCCUUUAGCAGAGAUGAAUUCAAUGUACGAUGAUGACUUGGAUUGCUUGCUCAACAAUUUUCCCUCAGAGAUACCAAUGCCUGAAUGGUACUGUAGAGGAAAAAACCAAACAUUGGGACUUGAAACUCAAACUGAUCAUGCUUCUUCAUCAUCUGGCCCCACCAAUCAAGAAUUUGCUUGGACUCUUGGAUCAAGUUGGAAUAACAUGCCUGGCAUAUGUUAA